AUUAAAGAUAUGAGUAAUUUCACAACAAUUCGUUAAGAAUCAAAUGUUUAAGAAAGAAAAUAAGUUACACUUCCUUAAACAUAAUAUGUAUGUUUUAUAUAAUAAAUUAAGACAACAACAUACUUGAGAUCAGAAAGACCAGAAGCUUAUUAAUUUUGGCAUAAAAAAGGAAAACAAAAUUCAUAUCAAUCAAAAGUGUUAUCAACUCAUUAUUAAAUGUAAACAUCAUUUAAUCCUGGAUAAUCAAUUUAAAUUGGAGGAGGAUGCACUUAGAAUAUAUAGUGUGGAUCUAAUGCUUAAUCUUGUUGUCCACCAUAAUAAUAGGCUGUUGUAAGAUUAGGCGUAGUAUCAAGAGAAGAAAUUGAAGCACCUUGGAGAGAUGAAGUCUUAUAUUUAUAAUAAUUGAUUGCUGAAUUUGAAAAAAAAAAGACUGUUGAAGUUGUAAAAGAAAUAGAUAACACUAGAGUAUUAACUAUGUUUUAUACACUAGGUUCUUGAAUUAGAACAUGAAAAUGAAAGGUUGAGAUUGUUAAUUCAGUAGACUCAAAGUGAAACUGUAACUUAAAGAAUUACUGAAGUUAAUAAUGAAGCUGAAGUAUGGAAAAGAAAGUUCUAAGAAAUUAAUCAUGAUUAUAGUGAAACUCAAGAAAAAUUAAUGAAUGCAGAGAUAGAAUUAGAAGCUUUAAAAAAAUAGAAGGUAAUCCCAUUCCAUUUUACAUAGAUUGUAACAUCCACCUCUACUGUCACUAAAUCAGUUGUGAAAACUUCAGGUUCAACUGUUAGAUAGUCUGCUUCAAGUAUCAAACCACCUGUAUGA